GAAAUAGUUCUUAAUAAUAUUUGAACUUCACAGUUGGCUUUAAACAUUCACCAUGAAAUUUAGCGUGGUUUGUGUGCUCUUCUAUUUCGUUUGCCUUAAUGGUGCCUUGGGUGCUCGAUUGAAAAGGCAAGCCCCAGCUACAGAAGAACCGUUUGACUGGCAUCAGUACGUAAAAUCAGCUGAAUCCGAUGCAAUCCUGGAAUACACUGACCCUUCCAACGACGCAUUAUCUUCUUCAGAUGUAAACGAUCAGGCAAGUGCAACUUCUGCAGCCAGUUCUGCUGAAGUCGAACCCAAGAAUUCUUCUGAAUCACUGACAGAAGGAGACAAAGAAGCGUCUAAAGAAAAAUCUACGGAUGAAUCGACAUCAAAGAUUGUCAGCUCUUCCAAUGAAGUAUCGGUGUCUAAGGAAAACGAUGACUUGUCAGAUGAAUCUUCUCCAAACAAAUUAACCCCAUCAAAUGAAGAUGACUCUGCCUCGGAAUCUGUAUCAAAAACGUCAUCUUCAAAAGAAGAGAAAAAUCCUUCCUCUGAUUCUUCCACUAGUAACAAAUUGACGUCAUCAGAAAGUAAAGAACUUUCAUCCGAUUCUUCCACGAAUGAUCCUGCUGCAUCAAAAGAAGAUGACUCUUCCGCUGAAUCUGUAUCAAAAACAUCUUCAAAAGAGGACAAGGAUCCUUUGCCUGAUUCUUCCACCAACAGCAAAUCGGCGUCAGCAGAAAGCAAAGCUUCUUCUGUUGAUUCUUCAUCAAAGGAUUCAACUUCAUCAAGUGAUAAUGAUUCUUCUGAAAGUAAACCUACUUCCGUAGGUGACCAAGAUUCCUCUGAAAGUAAAUCUACUUCCGUAAGUGACAAAGAUUCUUCUGAAAGUAAAUCUGCUUCAAGUAGCAAAGAUUCCUCUGAAAGUAAAUCUACUUCCGUAAGUGACAAAGAUUCUUCUGAAAGUAAAUCUGCUUCAAGUAGCAAAGAUUCCUCUGAAAGUAAAUCUACUUCCGUAAGUGACAAAGAUUCCUCUGAAAGUAAAUCUAUUUCAAAUAGCAAAGAUUCCUCAGAAAGUAAAUCUACUUCGUCAAGUGACAAAGAUUCUUCUGAAAGUAAAUCUUCAAAUUCCAAAGAUUCUUCAGAAAAUAAAUCUACUUCGUCAAGUAGUAAAGAUUCCUCAGAAAGUAAAUCUACUUCGUCAAGUGACAAAGAUUCUUCUGAAAGUAAAUCUUCAAAUGGCAAAGAUUCUUCAGAAAGUAAAUCUACUUCGUCAAGUAGCAAAGAUUCUUCUGGAAGUACAAGUUCGUCAAACAACAAAGAUUCAUCCUCGGAAUCUUCAAAGGAAAAAAGCGAAGAGAAACAUGUCUCCACUCACAAACCAACAAAACAAAAUCAUUUGAAUCCAAAAGUGCAAGGACUGAACAUAGGUUUAUACUACAUUCUACAAAACCUGAACAGAAGGAUGCUACUUGGUCAAGAAUUACACUUCGAGUCAUUGGUGAAGGUUCUGGCAAUGACGUACAAGAUUGAGAAAGCAGGAGGGAAUGUGAUCGAACUGAACAAGAUCCUGAUGAAGAAUAUUGCAGAUGCUUACCCAGCAGCUCUUAAAGACGCUUUGGCAAAAGGCAAUUUUUAAUGACAUCGUUGUUGAAGCAGACAGAAAAUAUUUGAGAGUUUUAUUCCACACUGGAUGCAGUUGAUAUCAGUCAUAUUGACUCAAGAAGUAAAAAAUCUAAUUCAAGAUUUCCGACACAUCAUCGCAGUUUUUUACAUUGUGGUUUUUUUUUUUUCCGUCAUAGGUACGUCACUUGGCUUGGCGACUAGUUUAGUUUCUAUCUUGGCGAAAAUAGAAAAAUUACGAUUGUGCCGCAGUCUACAUUUGCUUUUUUUUUUCUUAUGAUUUUACAGUUCUAUGUUUUUUAAUGACUCAAUAUGUUUAUUUGGCGGAUGUUUUAAGAUUUUAAUGACACUUUUAAUGAUUUAUCUUUUUGGCGGAUAAUUUUAAGGAAAUUUUCUCCAUCAUAUCCCGGCUUGUUUUAUUUGUUUGGCGAGAUCUUUUUCAUUUUAUGGAACUUUUAGUAUUGUUUAAUAGCUUGUUUUUCUCAAAAAAAUCAUUAAAAAAGAUGAAAUAACACAUGAUGUUUCUAAAUAAAUAGUUCCUACGUAACUUGGACCCAACAUGCCGGCAAUAAAUAAAAUAAAAAAUAAUCGCCAAGAUUAAACAUGUGCCAAGUGACGUACCUAUAACAGAAAAAUAUCUACAUAGCUAUCACUUUGAUAGUCGCAUUCAAAUAAGCAAAGAUUAAAAGGUUUAACUCACGCUACGUUAAACAACAUUUUAGCAAUGUACAAACAGAAUGCAUUCACCAAUUUUUAAGGAAGAAAAGAUUCUGAAAUUUUUGUAAAUGAGCUUAAGAAAAGUUCUUACAUGUUUAUUAAUUUGUACAUAUAUGUCAAGAAUGCAUAGAUAAUUUUUUAUUGUCUACUGUAACUAUUCAACAAAUUAAUAAAUGCAUUUGAAGUCA